ACGGCUAGUCAGGACAUUUUAAAUUAGCAAACUGCGCUAAAGCGGCCGCAAAGUCGAGAACGCAUAGCAGUUAUCCCAUAACAUUUCUAUCAGCUCCAUAUUUUCCUCAUGAAUGUGCUGUUGCGAGCCUGAGAUGUUCCGGAGAACACACACAUGAGGACAGAUUUGAACCAGGUCAACUGCCCCUGUUCGUCACCUAUUAGCUGCCACUCCAGAGACUCCGCCCCUGGCCCCGCCCUCCAGAGAUGACUGAUGCCCAGAAGGCCAACGAGCUCCCUGAAUUCCCCACAGAGGGCGGGGCUACAGCAGAAGAGCAGGACAUGCCCCUGAGACAAGAAACCACGCCCAGCAGUUCCCCGGCAUGCGAGGAGCCAAUCAGCUCGCAGAGCGGUCCUGACAAACAGCCGGCACCUGGUCUGCUCUCUAUGCCGUGCUUACUAAAGGAGCUUCAUAGAGACUCCGCCCCCGGGCAGCCGCAGGAAACAGAUCCGCCCCCUGCCGCCACACAGGAAGACAGCGAUUCCUCCGCCUGCCUGCGCUCGCCUUCCUCCUCCGGUCACCUGGGAGACUCCGACACGCUUUCAUCAGCAGAGGAAGCAGCCGCACCCGUUCAGACGGCCGGCAGGAAGUCACGACGUUCACAUUCUGAGAGCGAUGCGUCCACGGUUGCAAUGGCGGCCAAGAAGAACCGCUGCCAGGAGAAGCAUGUGAACGGACGCGUGCGCGUCAGAGGCCCGCGCAGCCAGCAGCAGAAGCAGCGCAUGAGACAGCUGCGGCAGAAACGUGAAGCGGCGGCGAGACGCAAACCUGACGUGCUCCAGGACAGCAGCACCAGCGACAGCGACAUCACGGCCCACUCAUCCUCAUCCUCGCCGCUAACAGCCUCGUCUGACAACGAGGGAGAGACAAUCAACUCUCACGCACCAGUGGGUCCUGCAGUGAUUGGACACUAUGAUAUUUCAGACACUCACUCCGAACAGGAACGGCAGUCUCAGUCGCUCUCAGGUGCAGUAGAAGUCAAGCCAUCUCAGGUGAGUCUGGCGUCCACCGACAGUGAAGUGGAGAUCGUCGGAGUUCAAGAGAACGCCAGCGUGGUCUCAAGGUUUCCUCGCGGUGGAGUGAUUCAGUCUCUUUCUUCCUGGAAGCAGAGAGCUCCGGCUCAGUGGACGUCCGUCUCGGCGCAGUCCGGCUGGGUUCCUCCUCCUGAGGUGGUGGAUCUGACACUGGAUGAAGACCGGCACAGAUACCUGCUGUGAUCAAACACACUCACACACACACUCAUAUACAUGUGACUGGUGGGCCGAGUGACUCAAACCAUAACCUCGAGACUGUUGAAACUAAGAACACAGAACCAUGCUUUCAUUAAAUGAACACACUUGAAAGAGCUCAGUGUUUGCUUCUGAUAUGCCUGAUUAAUUAUUUGCUUCUGUGAGACCACGAUGUGAGUAAAUGACAGCAGAUCAUCAUUAUCAGAGCAAAUACUGUACCAAGUUCUCCUGUGAUAAAGUCAGGUAUCAAAACUACUGGUCUGAAAUACUCACAAGCUGAAAAAUGGGGCUUCUUCAUAGAAACGAAUACUGAAUGUAAACGGGUGAAUCUCACAGAAACUGGUCACAUUUCGCUCCAAAAGCAAGAAUAUAGAAUUUAUAUUUAGCCGAAAACGGACAAGAUUUUGAGUAUUUUGAGUACUAUUAAGAUUUUUGAAUUGACAUUUAUUAUCGUCAUUUAAAAAAUACUAUAAUUUGAUUUAAAUGUAUUAUUUUUAUUUUCUAUGUUUUUUCUGUUAAGCAGUAAAUCACUACGAAUGAAAUCAGAAUAAUGCAUUGCGUUAAAUAAAAAAUGCACUAUGAUACGAAGAAAUUUAGAGGUUGAAGUUUUUAUGAAAAUUAAGCAAAUGUCUAAUUUAAAAAGUUUUUUCUUUUCUUAAUUUCUUGUCUGUUUGCUUUAUUGAUUUUAAGGCAUUUUUGUGAGAUUCAGCCGAUUAAGUUUCAUCACUAAUCAAACCUCAGUCAUUUCACAAUGGCAAAUCAGGGAUGUUUUACUUCGUCAGAUCCUCCGAUUUCAACAUCUUCUCUUCUUUUGAGUCACUUCGCCCCUCCUGAAGAAACAGGCACGCUUACAUGAUCCUGCUGUCGGCCUCAGGAGCCGCCUGCUGAACCGCCCCAGCCCCCUGUUUUUGUGAUGUAACUUCCUGUUAAGCUGCUGAAGAGCUGUUAGCUGAGACCCAAACGCAAGCCUGCUGGUCUUACUCUCACCAGAGCGAACGGCUCACUGCUCUGUGUGUGUGUGUGUGUGUGUGUGUUCACUGUCAAUCAUCUAAUGCUGCUCUGCUGUGUGGGGAGAAGCCUUGAAGUGUGUGUUCCUCACCCGAUACUGCUUUCACUAUACGUUUGUGUGUGUGUGUGUGUAUCCUGAGCAUUAGGGUUUUUCAGAGCAUGUUCAUUAUGUACAUCUUGCAUUGUCAUAGAAAUGAGUCCUUGCUUUUAUUAUGCCCAUGGAACUUCUUAUUCAAAUACACUAAUGGUCAGAAGUUUGGAAUCAUUCAGAUUUUUGAAUGUUCUUGAAAUAGGUCUCUUCUGCCUUUAUUUGAUGAAAGACAAAAACAGUAAUAUUGUGAAAUAUUACAAUUUCAAAUGAUUGUUUUCUAUGUAAAUAUAUUGUAAAAUGUAAUUUAUUUCUGUGAUGCUCCGCUGUAUUUUCAGCAUCAUUCCUCCAGUCUUCAGUGUCACAUGAUCUUCAGAAAUCAUUCAUAUGCGGCUCAAGAAACAUUUCUGAUUAUCAAUGUUGAAAACAUUUCUUUUUAUUAAAGAAUUAAUUAUUACUUUUAUUCAGCAAGGAUGUAAUAUACUAAUUAAAAGUGACUGUAUUUUCCACAAAAAUAAAUAGCAGCACAACUGUUUUCAACAUUGAUGAUAAUAUUAUUCUGAUUUCUGAAGAUCAUGUGACACUGAAGCCUGGAGGAAUGAUGCUGAAAAUACAGCAGCGCAUCACAGGAAUAAUAAUAUAUUUAAAAAUAUAUUCAAAUAGAAAACAGCUAUUUUAAAUGGUAAUAAUAUUUCACAAUAUUACAGUUCAUACGGUGUUGUUAAUCCAAAUAAUGCAGGCUUGGGGAGCAGAAGAGACUUCUUUAUAUAUAUUAAUAAAACCAAACUUUUGAACUGUAGUGCAUCUUCUUGUGAAUACAAUCAAUGUGUGAUGAGAAAAACAUUUUUAGUUUUUAUUUUCUAAAUGGGGUAUAAUUUGCAUAUAGACUUGAGCAUUUUAACCACAACUUUGUUUUAUAUACAUGUUUGUAUGGUUGCAUCAUGCUAUCCCACACCACUGAAGCUAUUUAUUGAUAUUUGCUGUGUUUUACUUGGUUAUAUAUAUGAAUCAUUUGUUCGAAGAGCAAUAUGAAUAUGCAUCUUAAAAACUGCAUAUUAAAGGGAUAGUUUAUCCUAUAAAUGAAAAUUGUCAUCAUUUAUUCACCAUUGUGUCUUUUCAAACCUAUAUGACUUUUUCUGCUUUGAAACACAGAUGAUUAUGAAAGCUUAAGCUGCAUAAAGGUGGUCCAUAUGCCGUCUAGUUUAAUAGUGCUUUAUUGUCAUUCAUGGAGAUUGAAAGUCACUAUGCGUUUGUUACAUGAAAAAGAGCAGCGUGAACAUUCUUCCAAACAUCUCCUUUGGUGUUUCUCAGAAGAAAAGUCAUACAGGUUUACAAUUAUAUUAAGGUGACUAAAUAAUGACAAAAUAUUCAUUUCUGAGUUCACUGUACUUUUAAGUUUGAGUCUUGGCAAUAUAUUCUGUUUGUAUAACAUCAGAAGGUUUCUGAGUUUCCUUUGGUUUUUCUUCCUCACGACUCAAUUGUCAGACCACUGUGUGUGAGGAGCGCUCAUUAUCUGAAUGUGAAUUAUUCUGCUUCAUUCAGCUUGUGUAUCACCCUUGAACCCUGCAGGAUAAUUCAGAAGCUGUGCCUGUGGCCAUUUUGGCUCCCUUAGCCCCGCCCCUCUAAUAGUUUGAUUGGACCUUAACCUCUGUCAAUCACAUGAGGUGAACAACAGCUUUUAGAAAAAGGAAAGAUGAAGUUCCAAUGCAGGAAAACAGAGAGUAGUGUUUACAAGAAAGUACUAUUUCAGUCUUUCUGCUUUAAAAUGUAAUGUUUAAUUCAAUGCAACUUCUUGUUUCUUUAAGUAUUUUUGAAAUUUAUUAAGAAUUGUUUCAGGGCGUGUUUUUCCAGUGUAGUAUUCUGAAGCUAUAUGAUCGCUUUGUGUGAAAAAUUACCAUAAAGCUCCAUAAAAAUA